CGAUUUCCGCUUCCGGUUACGCCCCUUUAUUUUUGGACUUCCUGUAAACAAAGCGUCAGCCUCGGUCUUCUCCAGCCGUCCUGUGUUUUCUCCGAGUUUCGCUCUCUUCCCGUGUUUUCUCCGGGUUUCGCUCUCUUCCCGUGUUUUCUCCGGGUUUCGCUCUCGUCCCGUGUUUCCCCCGGUCCUCCUGGCUUCUCCCUCUUCCUUGUCACUACUGUCGGUACUGCUCGAUGGCUCAGGCCGGGGUGGUGCUGGACCGGGACCAGUUUAACUGCUCCGUAUGUCUGGACGUGCUGAAGGACCCGGUAACGAUCCCCUGCGGACACAGCUACUGCUCCAGGUGCAUCCGGGACUACUGGGACCAGGACGACUACCUGGGGGUCUUCAUGUGUCCGCAGUGCCGACAGAACUUCAACCCGAGGCCGCCUCUGGCCCGGAACACGAUGCUGGCCGACGUGGUGGAGAAGUUCCGGAAGACCGGACUCCAGGAGGCCGCGACGCCCGAGACCCAGAGCUUCGCGGAGGGCGACGACGUGGAGUGCGACGUGUGCACCGGGAGGAAGAACCGGGCUGUCCGGUCGUGUCUGGUGUGUUUGGCCUCCUACUGCGACGUCCACGUCCGGCCCCACUACGAGUCCGCCGCCUUCAAGAAGCACCGGCUGGUGUGGGCCUCCAGGAAGCUGCAGGAGACCAUCUGUCCCCGGCACGACAAGCUGCUGGAGGUGUUCUGCCGCACCGACAAACAGUGCAUCUGCUACCUGUGUCUGACGGACGAGCACAAGGGCCACGACACGGUGCUGGCUGAGGUGGAGGUCCAGGACCGACAGCAGCUCGGCGACAUGAAGCAGAGCUCACAGCUGCGAGUUCAGCUCAGAGAGAAGGAGGUUCAGGAGCUGAAACAAGCCAUUUGCUCUGUUUCGCGCUCUGCUCGGGCCACAGCUGAAGAAAGCGACGCCCUCUUCACCGAGCUGAUUCGGUCGAUCGAGCUGAAGCGCUUUGAGGUGAGGGAGCUGAUCAUUGCCCAGGAGAAGACGGCCGUCAGUCAGGCUGAGCAGCUGCUGGACAAGAUCCAGAAGGAGAUCGCCGAGCUGAAGAAGAGCGAGGCUGAGCUGGACAAGCUUUCCCACGCCGACGACCACAUCCACUUCCUCCAAAGCUGUCAGUCUCUUAACGCUCCACCUGCGCUGUCGGCUUUGCCUCCAGUCACCGCCGACCCCAACAUCACCUUCGGCCCAGUGAUGACGGCUGUGUCAGACUUUAAAGGACUGUUGCAGGAGGUCUGCCAGGGAGGAUUUGUCAGCAUCUACGAGAAAGUGAGAGAAGUGGUGAUCGUAGGUUCUUCAAAUCCUGCUGCACAGACAGACACCACAGAGUCUGAUGAUGCUGUGUUUAACGUACUAAUGGAAGCAACAGCAGCGAUCUGUCCGCCUGGGCUGGACCAAAGUCCUGUGAGUCCUCUCAACCCCUUCCUCACUCAGGGAUCCGCUGUGCCCACGUUUGCCCUCUCACCAUUUGGCGCCAAAAUGUCCACCGGAUCCAGACCGAGGCACCUUCAGCGACGCGCUCACCCCAGGAGGAAAUAGGCUUCUAUCAGCAUUUCACGGCCUGAACGCCACUGGACUUGACUGCCCUCCCCCCCCCCUCUCCUCUCACAAACAGUUACCGCCAUGUACGAAUUGUAAAGCUGAUUGUUUAGUUUUCACCAAUCAGCUGUACUUGCAUCUCGCAGUUAAGUGCAGGUGGGAAGGCGAUGAGGAAGGAAAUGCUGCUGAAAACCACACAGACGAUACAUCUACCGUUUUAGUAUUAAAGGUUCGGUGUGUGGAAUUUAGUGACGCCUAGUGGUGAAGUUGGAUGUUGCAGCUGAAUACAUUACAUUACAUUUCAUUUAGCUGACGCUUUUAUCCAAAGCGACUUACAAUAAGUGCAAUCAACCCAGAACAACAAAAAUCAAGUAAUAGAGAAGAAUACCCCUCACCUCACCCUCCUGAUGUAAAUAUAAAGUAUUUAAAAUAUAAAGGGCUCUUUCUCAGGGUAGAGAAAACAACAGUUCGUACAUUUUAGAUGAUUAUACACUAGUGAAAAUAUCACUAGAAAAUUAUGCUAAUAGAUCCCUCACCUUAAUCUUACACACUGGACCUUUUUAAGCAGCAAGAAGCAGAACUGAAUUCACUCUUAUUUCAACAUUUGCCUGGAAAUUUAGUUCAGUUUUUAUUCAUUUCUGAUUUUAUAAACUUAUUUUUCUUUUUUUUCUUUUUUAAAACUCUGCUAACACUAAACAUUCUGCUUUACAGAAUCUACGUGUAAUAAUAUAUUGUGAUGUAUGAUGUGCUGACAUUAAAAAAAACAAACACUGGUUUAUA